CCGCCCCCUGGGCUUCGGCGGCGGCGGACAGCGAGUCGCCCGGGCGCAUGCGCAGCGAGGUUCCACGUGAGCGCCUGCGUUUCUCCUCAAACCCAACGAUGCCGCCGGAACGGAAGAGACGAAUGAAACUGGAUCGGAGAGCCGGAGCAAAGCCGAAGCGGAAGCCCGGAAGGAGGCCAGACUGGAAAGCCGGAGCCGGACCGGGCGGGCCGCCCCAAAAGGCUGCCCCUUCAUCCCAGCGGAAACCGCCGGCCCGGCCGAGCGCGGCAGCCGCUGCGAUCGCAGUCGCGGCAGCCGAGGAGAGACGGCUUCGGCAGCGGAACCGUCUGACGCUGGAGGAGGACAAACCGGCAGUGGAGCGGUGCCUGGAGGAGUUGGUCUUCGGCGACGUCGAGGACGAUGAGGACGAGCUGCUGCGGCGUCUGCGAGGCCAGCGGGUUCAAAGACAUGAAGACUCGGGUGACUCAGAAGUGGAGAAUGAAGCAAAAGGUAAUUUUCCACCUCAAAAGAAGCCAGUUUGGGUGGAUGAAGAAGAUGAAGAUGAGGAAAUGGUUGACAUGGUGAACAAUCGGUUUCGGAAAGAUAUGAUGAAAAAUGCUAGUGAAAGUAAACUUUCGAAAGACAACCUUAAGAAGAGACUUAAAGAAGAAUUCCAGCAUGCCAUGGGAGGAGUACCUGCCUGGGCAGAGACUAAUAAGCGGAAAUCAUCUUCAGAUGAUGAAAGUGAAGAGGAUGAAGAUGAUUUGUUGCAAAGGACCGGAAAUUUCGUAUCCACAUCAACUUCUCUUCCAAGAGGAAUCUUGAAGAUGAAGAACUGCCAGCAUGCUAAUGCUGAACGUCCUACUGCUGCUCGGAUCUCAUCUGUACAGUUCCAUCCUGGUGCACAGAUUGUGAUGGUCGCUGGAUUAGAUAACGCUGUGUCACUAUUUCAGGUUGAUGGAAAAACAAAUCCUAAAAUCCAGAGCAUCUAUUUGGAAAGGUUUCCAAUCUUUAAGGCUUGUUUUAGUGCUAAUGGGGAAGAAGUUUUAGCCACAAGUACCCACAGCAAGGUUCUUUAUGUGUAUGACAUGCUAGCUGGAAAGUUAAUUCCUGUGCAUCAAGUGAGAGGUUUGAAAGAGAAGAUAGUGAGGAGCUUUGAAGUCUCCCCAGAUGGGUCCUUCUUGCUCAUAAAUGGCAUUGCUGGGUAUUUGCAUUUGCUGUCAAUGAAGACCAAAGAACUGAUUGGAAGCAUGAAAAUUAAUGGAAGGGUUGCAGCAUCCACCUUCUCUUCAGAUAGUAAGAAAGUAUAUACCUCUUCCGGGGAUGGAGAAGUUUAUGUUUGGGAUGUGAACUCAAGGAAGUGCCUUAACAGAUUUGUUGAUGAAGGCAGUUUAUAUGGAUUAAGCAUUGCCACAUCUAGGAAUGGACAGUAUGUUGCUUGUGGUUCUAAUUGUGGAGUGGUAAAUAUAUACAAUCAAGAUUCUUGUCUCCAAGAAACAAACCCAAAGCCAACAAAAGCUAUAAUGAACUUGGUUACAGGUGUUACUUCUCUGACCUUCAAUCCAACUACAGAAAUCUUGGCAAUUGCUUCAGAAAAAAUGAAAGAAGCAGUCAGAUUGGUUCAUCUUCCCUCCUGUACAGUAUUUUCAAACUUCCCAGUCAUUAAAAAGAAGAAUAUUUCUCAUGUUCAUACCAUGGAUUUUUCUCCUAGAAGUGGAUACUUUGCUUUGGGGAAUGAAAAGGGCAAGGCCCUGAUGUAUAGGUUGCACCAUUACUCAGACUUCUAAAGAGACUUUAAAGUCUGGUUGAGUCACAAGAGAAGCCUGUCUUGAUAAUACCGUCUCAGAAACUUUCUGGAAUGUGUGAUAAUAUUUGGAAAAUGAUAUAUAGAGCCAGCUGUGCUUAAGAGCCAGUAAUGUCUUAAUAAACAUGUGGCAGCUUUUGUUUGAAAAUAAGUGUAUGUGGUUCUUCCCUCCACCCCCAACACACACACACAAACUUGGAUGCAUUUAAGACUAAACGUGAAAAAUUGGAAACACCUGUCUGUAGCUAAAAAUAAUAUAAGCAGAUUUUCUCAUACUUCACAGCUAACCCUGAUGGGUAUUUUCCCCCUUCCUGCAUAGAUCUCUCCAUGCUUCAGGGUAUCAGCUAACAGAUAGUCUCAUGAGAUUUGGAGGUCAGUCGGUUUGAUAAGAGAGCAGUGAAAUGUCACAUAGUGAACUUUGAACUUCCAAGUCUUUUAGGAAAGGUGAUUUUGGAAAUCAAAAGGCUUUUCUGGGCUUAUUACUUCAAAUCAUUGUUACUGUUAUUUGGAGAGAAGGCAGAGUAAACCUGGUAGUCUUGUCCUAUGGAUUAUUAGCCACAGCCCUUUCUGGAAUUGUUUGUUAUGUCAUCUUAAAUGUUUAGUUUGGAUUUCAAGGUUGACAGCUGGCUCUAUAGUUUUCUUAUAGCCUUGUUUGAAAUUAGUUCUUACAUUUCUUAGGAAAAACUGACACUGUGUCAUGCAUUUAAGAAGUGUUACAGGGGUUGGGAGGGUGUUACGAGAACUAUCAAGUUAGGUCUAAUAGCUUUCCGCCCCACCAUCUACUAAAACAUGGAAGAGAGAAGUCAGGGUGGAGGAGGGAGGUUUUUCAGCAACAGGGAGGAGCUCUGCCCAGUGAAGUAAUAGGUCCCAGGUCCUUCGUGUCUUCAAAGCUCUCCUAGGUCCACUGGAGAGGAUGUAGGACGUAGAGCAGUCCAGUCGGUGUGGGUUACGUUAACUUAGCCCAGCACUUUUCUAAAAGAACAUUUUCUCUUCAGGUGAACUCUUGCUAUCUACUUGUGGAUACCCUUCCCCUACAUCCUCCUUUUUCAGCAGCUUUUUUCAUGUUAAAUAAUGUUAACGCUGAAACCUGAAGUUCCUGAAACCAGUGGACUUGUUAGUGCUAUUUGGCUCUCCCAUUGCUAGAGGGCAGCAUUGGAUCACGUGAAUAAUUGAAGGCAAGGCUUUUGGAGCUUUUUGCCGUCACCUUGUCCUUAGCUUCAGCUAAAUCGUUUCAGAAACGGACACCAAGCCUUAUAUGUGCUUAUUUUGCCUAUGGUUUUCAGUUCCCAGAAGUGUGACAAUUUAUAGGAACUUACUGUAGAGAAAAUGAUGGAAGCAGAAUCUAAAUUUUAGCUGUUCUUUGUUAAACUCUCUAGAUCAUUUUUAUACUCUACUGGGAGUAGCAUAGAGAAUCCAGUUCUAAUCUCCAAGGUAGACAGAUGUGUUAUUUGUUCUACAGAGAUGCUACUAAUUCUGUGUCUUGUAUUUUAAUGUUUAUUUUUUUCCCCCUCAAUGGGAGUUAGGGAUUUGAGUCAGGCUCUCAUUGCGACUCCUUGUAACCGGUGCCAAGCUAAUUCUUCAAGGAAAUGAGAUCCACAGCCAUGAACUUCUUUACAAAUUCUCUUUUGGCAGUUUCUAUGACAGCAUGAAAUGCAUGCUAUGGCUCAUUUCCCUGUUUGGAGGGGGACCAUCUUGAGCUGUAAGGUGAUAUUUUGCUACCCAGAGCCUCAUAGGAUGUACUUGUGUAUACUUUGAGUGAUAAAUUGACAAGUUGAAAUCUUUGAUGUAUCCCAUUCAUCUCUCCCCCCAUCCUCACUAAUAUUUAGUGAACUGAAGACUUUUAUUAGUCUUUCGAAGAAGUUUCCUCUGUUUAAACAAAGUAUAGGUUAAAAGUCAUUUGCCUUACUGAUGGUUGUUAAGUGUGUGUGGAUGUGUGUGUUUCUAGUGAGGAUAUGUAAUCUGUCCUAAGCAGACCAGCUGUACGGUUUGUAAGCAUAGCUGCAUCUCCAGUUUGGGGAUGGGAUGGAGGCAAGCAAAUACCUAUGAGAUAAGGUGCUUGCUCACACCUUUGAAGAGUUCUUAAGUUACUUGGGAUGAUACUUAAAUGCAUCUGCAAAGUCAUUAUGAGGGACAAUUUCCUGGUCUGCAAGGGGCGGGAUUUCAAAGGCAGGAAUUUCUUGGCUCCACCCCUCCAUCCGGGAACCAGAGGCGUUUCAGAUGUAAAAUUCUUGCGGUUUCUCGAGCAGGCUAGGUAGAGAAAUCCAGGUGGGCUCCUUUGUUCAAAAAUCUGCCAAAAGCUCUGGGAGGAGCCGGCUCUGUAGCUCAGAGUUGUGAACCAGAUAGCCAAUCUGGUAUCAAAGUCAAAGAUCAAUCACUCCAGAGGAUGUUUGAAAGAACUCUCACUGGACGAGAACAGGAGUGAGAAAAGAAUAACUCCAGGGUUAAAACUCCACUGCUCUUUACCUAUAUGGAUAUCUUUCUCCGGAUUCCCAUCCCACAACAGUGUGGGAGCUCUCUCUGUCUUUCUCUCUCUCUGCCUCAUAAAUCGCUUUUCU